AUGGUUCAAAUUACUUCCUUCGUCUUUGGGCUGUCGCUCGUAGCUGGUUCUAUCGCCGCGCCCUCUCCCGAAGGCCUUUUCUCUAAGCUUGCCAAGCGUGGCGGUACUCCCAACAGCUCCGGUACUCACGAUGGCUUCUACUACUCCUGGUGGUCUGACGGUGGUGCCGAGGCCACUUACGAGAACGGCCCUGGCGGUUCUUACACCAUGUCUUGGCAGACUGGUGGUAACGUCGUCGGUGGAAAGGGUUGGAGCCCCGGAAAGGCUCGAACCAUCUCUUACGAGGGAGAGUACAAGCCCAACGGCAACAGCUACCUCUCCGUCUACGGAUGGACCCGCAACCCUCUGAUCGAGUACUACAUCGUCGAGCAGUUCGGUGACUACGACCCCUCCACCGGUGCUCAGAAGAAGGGCACCGUCGAGGUUGACGGCAGCACCUACGACAUCUUCACCCAGACCCGUACCAACGCCCCCUCCAUCGACGGCACUCAGACCUUUGAGCAGUACUGGUCCGUCCGCAAGGAUCACCGAUCCACUGGUAGCAUCGACGUCGGUGCUCACUUCGAGGCCUGGGAGAAGAACGGCAUGAAGCUUGGUACCCACGACUACCAGAUCCUCGCCACUGAGGGUUACUUCAGCAGCGGAUCUUCCCACAUGACCGUCUCUGAGGGCGGUGCUUCUUCCGGUGGUGGUGCCUCCACUGGUGGCAACACUACUGAGCCCGAGACUGGUGCCGGUAGCGGCGGUGAUGCUCAGCCCGGUGCCGGCAACGGUGGUGACUCUGGUGCUGGUAACGGCCAGGGACAGCCCGAUGCCGGAAAUGGUCAGCAGCAGCCCGGCGCCGGUCAGGGUAACGGUCAAGACCAGGGUCAGGGACAGGGUAACGGCCAGCAGCAGCCUGGAUUCGGAAGCCCUGGCCAGCAGCAGGGUGGUUUCCAGCCUCAGCAGCAGGAGGCCGGCGAGUCUUGCCAGCGCAAGUAA